UUUUAUUGAAAUAGAGGAUAUGAUACAGAGUAUUAUUAGAUAGAUAAUUAAUUUGUAAAUCGAGAAUAUUGACAUUUAUUUUAGAGGAUCUAUUAAAAUAGAUGGACGCAGAUACUCUAAACUCUAAAUCUAAACUUUAUAAAUACUCUGAUUCCUUAGCCCUAAACUCCAUCAUUUCUUGCCCCUCUCCUCUUCCAUCUCCUGUGUGGUAAACGCUGUUAUAUGCCUCAAAAAUCAACAAUUCCUCCCCACCCACCCCCCACACACACAUAAAUAAACACAAGAACUGAAAUUAAUACUAACCUGAAAUUUAAUUAUGGGAGUGAAGGGAUUUGUUGAGGGUGGAAUCGCUGCCAUUGUUGCUGGAUGCUCCACACAUCCUCUGGAUCUCCUCAAGGUCCGUAUGCAACUUCAAGGUGAGACCGUGGCUGUUCCAAAUGUUCAGCAACGUCACACUUUGCGACCUGCUUUGACCUUCCAUUCCACCACUGCUGCAUUUUUUCCUCCUAAUUCGAUUCACGUUCCUCCGCCGCCACGGCCACGUGUGGGGCUUGUUUCCGUGGGAAUGAAGAUUGUUCAGGCAGAGGGUGUUGCUGCUUUGUACUGCGGCGUCUCUGCCACAGUCCUCCGUCAGACGCUCUAUUCGACCACUGGGAUGGGAAUUUAUGAUGUUCUGAAGCAGAAGUGGACCGACAAGGACUCCAAGAACAUGCCCUUGGCACGCAAGAUCGCUGCUGGACUCAUAGGCGGCGGGAUCGGCGCGACGGUAGGGAACCCUGCCGAUGUCGCCAUGGUUCGGAUGCAGGCGGACGGACGGCUUCCCGUAGCUCAGCGGCGCAACUAUAAUAGCGUGAUCGAUGCGAUCACGAGGAUGUCGAAGCAGGAAGGCAUCACCAGCCUAUGGCGCGGUUCGGCGCUGACCGUGAAUCGGGCGAUGAUCGUGACUGCGUCGCAGCUAGCCACCUACGAUCAAGUCAAGGAGGCAAUUUUGGAGAAAGGAGUGAUGGCGGACGGGCUUGGAACCCACGUGACCGCUAGUUUUACUGCAGGGUUUGUUGCCGCCGUUGCGUCGAAUCCGGUAGAUGUGAUAAAGACACGAGUGAUGAACAUGAAGGUGGAACCAGGGAUGGCUCCGCCGUACAACGGAGCCUUAGAUUGUGCGAUGAAGACUGUGAAGGCCGAGGGACUCAUGGCCCUCUACAAGGGAUUUAUCCCUACGAUUUCAAGGCAAGGGCCUUUCACUGUGGUGCUGUUUGUGACCUUGGAGCAAGUCAGAAAGUUGCUCAAGGAGUUUUGAAUUUUGAUGAUGAGGAAUAUACAAUUUGUUAUUUUAUUAUUGAGAAUGUAAUUUUUUGAAGUAAAGAGCUGUUAUUAUUUUUUAAAUAAUUCAAUUUAUUUUUGUUGA